AUGCAGACGUCUUUCGGUAUCCUGUUGGUGGCUGGCCUGUUAGCAGUUGUCCUGGCUGCUCCACGACCUGGCGCUGAGGAAAAGGAUGCCCAAGUGCUGAAGUACGACAACGAUCACAAUGGCAUCGAUGGGUACAACUUCCAGUUCGAUACGAGCAACGGCAUCCAACGGCAGGAGCAGGCUGAGCUGAAGCAGUUCGACAGCGAGAACUCGGCCCUGGUAGUGCGUGGGUCGUACUCGUUCACCGCAGAUGAUGGACAGGUGUACACCGUCAACUAUGUGGCUGAUGAGAACGGUUUCCAACCGGAGGCGCCUCAUCUACCGAAGUAA